GGCAUACGCAGCGUAGACUGAGGACAGCUAGGAACACAAGACUCCCUGAUGGGCAACUUGCAUGACGCUCUAUAUGCUGCGGUACCUGUCGCAUGCGGCGGCGUGCGCAGCUCUGCUUUGUACGUUCGCUGCGUAUUGGCUCCACUUAUCUUAUUGAAAUUAUCCGCUUUACACACGCCUCCAGCUGCCUGCUGACAGGAGGUCGACCAUAAAUACUGGCUGUCAGGUUGCGAAGUCUAUCUGCACCAAUAUUGCACUAAGUUUGAUUCAUGUCUACAGAUAUUAGCCCCGGGGAGCAAUUUCUUCCUCUACGCGAUGGGCGUACCUUGGCGUACACAGAAGCAGGAAACCUAUCCAGCAAGACUGUUGUUCUUUUCCUGCAUGGUUUUUUUACUGUUGGGAAUGCGUCACAGAUGUCUCCUGUCCUUCUGAACAAGAAUGUUCAUGUCAUCGCGCCCACCCUGCCUGGAUGGGGCAACACGUCGCCUCCUCCCCCGUCGACACCAUACCACGACUGCCUCACAAGUGACAUGACCAUGCUAUUAUCCCACCUGUAUCCGGAUUCCAACGACCGCGACAUCAAAUUGUACAUCGCAGGGGGCUCGUUCGGCGCAGCGCCUGCACAGAUAUUAUAUGGUGCACCGUAUGAUAAGUUCCCAUUCGGCCGUUGCAUAUCAGGGGUGUUGCUGUUAGGCGCGCCGACUCCAUUUCGCUACCACAAAGAUUAUGCCAAGCACAUGACGUGGGCGCAUUAUUUCAUGCCUGGUCCCAUCGGGUAUUACAUGCCAUUCAACCUCCUUACCCAUCUCGUGAAAUUUGUGCUAGCAAGAAGGUUGACGACCAUAGAAGGCACAGAGGCGAUGUUGCGCCAAACUGUUUUUGACAAGAUGGAUCAGAAGGAGCGAGAGGUGUUUGCGAAGUGGAGUGAGGAACACGGGAAGGUCCCGGAGGACACGGUGCGGAGAAUGGCUGAAAAUUCCAUGAAGAGUAUCUCCAAGUCUUGGGAGGGCUUCAUGCUCACACCACCCCUUCUACACUCGGAUUGGGGCUUCCGGCCUGACGGAUUGGACAAGGAACACUCUCGUCCGCAUGUCCUGAUCGUGGCGUGUAAGGACGAUCACAUGUCUCCGGUGGCCUAUGCACACUAUCUUGCUGCCAAUUACAAGAAUGCGCGGGUAAAGAUCGCCGAUGGAGGUCAUUUAGGUAUUAUGUACCACAUGGACGAGGUAUGGGCGGAAUUUUUAGCUGAUGAGCAAUAGGGGAUGCAGCAAGCAAUACAUUGUGAAUCGGUUAUAGCUAUAUACAUAGCUAAAAGUUAACAAAGCGACAGCAGACA